AUGUUUCAGCCAAAAUUUCACAAGACAGAUAAGGAUUAUCAAUGUAAAGAAUGUGGGAAAGCAUUUAGUAAGCUUUCAGACCUCUCUAGACAUGAAAGAAUUCACACAGGAGAGAUGCCUCAUGAAUGUAAGGAAUGUGGGAAAGCAUUUAGUCUGUCCUCAACCCUCUCUACACAUAGACAAAUUCACAGUGGAGCGAGGCCCUAUAAAUGCAAGGAAUGUGGGAAAGCAUUUAGUCUGCCCUCCAACCUCUCUGUACAUAAAAGAAUUCACAGUGGAGAGAGGCCCUAUGAAUGUAAGGAAUGUGGGAAAGGAUUUCGUGAGUCCUCAAACCUCUCUGCACAUAAAAGAAUUCACAGUGGAGAGAGGCCCUAUGAAUGUAAGGAAUGUGGGAAAGUAUUUCGUCAGCCCUCAAACCUCUCUGUUCAUAAAAGAGUUCACAGUGGAGAGAGGCCCUAUGAAUGUAAGGAAUGUGGGAAAGUAUUUCGUCAGGCCUCAAACCUCUCUGUACAUAAAAGAGUUCACAGUGGUGAGAAGCCCUAUGAAUGUAAGGAAUGUGGGAAGGCAUUUAGUUGUUCCUCUUCCCUCUCUAUACAUAAAAGAAUUCACAAUGGAGAGAGGCCCUAUGAAUGUAAAGAAUGUGGUAAAGCAUUUAAUCAGCCCUCACACCUCUCUACACAUAAAAGAAUUCACAGUGGAGAGAGGCCCUAUAAAUGUAAGGAAUGUGGGAAAGCAUUUAAUCAGACCUCACACCUCUCUAAACAUAAAAGAAUUCACAGUGGAGAGAGGCCCUAUGAAUGUAAGGAAUGUGGGAAAACAUUUAGUCAGAGCUCCAGCCUCUCUAUACACAAAAGAAUUCACAGCGCAGAGAGGCCCUAUGAAUGUAAGGAAUGUAGGAAUGGCUUUAGAAAUUCCUUAGACCUUGCUUUUUAUUUGAGAAAUCACAGUGCAGACAGCCCUUACAAAUGA